AUGAGUAAAUCAUCUACUAUGUUUGGUUACUUGGGACAAAAUCCAACAUUGCCUCUCUAUGAAAGAUUGACAAUUCAAGAUGUUCUUUCUCAUGGAAUUGCUAAAAAAUUUGCUCAUCUUUUCUGGCCAGAUGGAAAUCCUAUAGUUUGUGAUAUGGUACUUUCCUACUCUAAGCAAUUGUCAAUGUUAGAAAAGACAAUAAGAAGAAUGGUUAUGGAGAUUUUGGGAGUAGAGAAAUACAUUGAGGAGCAGAAUGAAUCAUCAAAUUAUGUACUUAUUUUCAACAAGUAUAGAAAACCUACAAGGGAUGAGAGUGGAAUUGGAUUGGCUCCACACACAGACAAAAAUAUACUAACUAUUUUAUUCCAAAUUCAAGUAAAUGGAUUGCAAAUUCAAAGGGUUAAUGGACAAUGGGUGGAUGUUGAAUUCUCACCUAAUUCUUUUCUAGUCCUUGUUGGAGAUGUUUUUAAGGCAUGGACAAAUGGUAGAUUACACGCUCCUAUUCAUAGAGUAUUGAUGUCUAGAAAGGAUGAAGAAAGGUUCUCUAUUGGGUUUUUUACAUUUCCCAAAGAAGGUUAUCUUGUGAAUGUCCCAAAAGAGCUUGUAGAUGAAGAUCACCCUUUGCUUUACAAGCCAUUUGAUGGUAUAAAAUAUAUUCAAUUCUAUAAAUCAGAGUCUGGUCAAAGAGCAAGCCAUGAUAGUCUCAAGGCUUAUUGUGGUGUUUGA